GCGUGCAGCCUCACCGUGUGGCCUAAUUUGCUCAUUGCGGCACGUGAGUGAGUUUCCCGUUUCUAGGCAACGGCCACGUAUGAGCCCAGAAUAGUUUCUCGGAGCAGAGGUUAACCUUUCAAUCUUGCAAUUCAGGAAUUUGCAAAAUGGAAGGCAAAGAAAAAGAUGUGGUUUAUCAGAAUGCAAUACUCGUCGAGAUGAUCCGGAAAGAGCAAAGACAACAAAAGCUCCACACCGAGUUUAACAUCAACCCACACCGAAAGUUACACAUCCUACCAGACAAACCCAUGUGCAGGAAACCUCAAGAAGUGAUUCCAGAAAACUCGGAUUUCAUUGAAGCCUUCCACAAAGCUCGCCAGGUGCCUACGAAGAAAUAUGCGACGCCAUUGACAGAAAGUCAGGAGAUUGGAUGGGUGUCCACAGCCUUGAUCCCAUCAAAUCGCAGUGACAGCAGAUUCAAUUUUUUUCGACACAGCUCUGAUGUCACCAGGCAGCAAGAGUCUAUCCUUCGCUCUUCAAAAUAAACACGCGACAAAAGUGACACCCUCAAAGGAAAUAUUGGUAUACAGUGGGUAUAUACAGUCUAAACAAUCCUCGUCGAGUGCCACGUUUUUAUUAUGUAAUAAAAAAUGAGACCAAAAUAAAUCACUCC